UGUGAUGGAAACCCAUGCAAAGAUGGGAGCGCCUGUGAGCUUCGUAGCAAUCAAACCUUUGUAUGCUUGUGUUUGGCUGGGGAUGACUAUGAUUAUCUUAACAGAAAAUGUGUGAUUGCCAAAGUUUUCCCUGGACAACUCGGUCUGCCGGACUUACCAUACGAAACAAAUAUGUCGUUCAGUGAUUCACCAGAAUUUCAAGAAGUUUCGUCAAAAAUUACUAUAUUGCUCAAUAAAGUUUUCAACAGCUCUGGUGGUUUCUCUCGAGUGGUGAGACUCAGUGAGCUGGUCUCUUAUGAAGGGAAAUUUGGGUUGAGGUCAAAGAAAGGGGUCAAUGCAACUGUAGACAUCAUCUUCAAAGAAAGUGCUGACAUCAAUACAGAAGAAGUUGAAGAAAUGUUCAAAAAUGCCACAGGUUGUAAAUGUCUACUGUCAAAUGCAACUUUUAAUAGCACGGACCAGUGUCUUAACAAUCCCUGUGAUGAUAAGACUUCAACUUGCAAAGCAGGAAAUGGAUCCUAUAGCUGUACCUGUCUUCCGAAUUACAUUAAGACACCCUUCAGUACCAGAAUGUGCAUUGCUUGUGCUAGCGGUUCAACUACUAGCGACUCCAUAACAUGUGAACGAUGUGAUUUUGGUUUUUCUGGUGUACACUGCAAAGAAUCAUGGAAGCUGGCGGUGGUCAUCGUCGGCUCCUUGCUUGGGAUAAUGCUGCUCAUCACACUCAUUCUUCUGCCAUAUGCAUGCAAAUCCGUAAAGAAGAGCUCCAAGACACAGGACACAAACGCUGACAUGGGUAAGCCUUACGUCAGCCACCCUCCUGCCCAGCAAUCAUUGGUUAAUAGCAACUUUGCUAAAAGCCAGGCGGCCUCGUUUAAUGGGCCAACCAACGGGCUGUCAGCCUUUGCCAAUGCUGGGGUGCCUAGGAUCCCAAGGGCCACCACCACAAACAACUGGGACAGCAGAACCAACCUGGAGAUGAAUCUGAGUAACAGCCGACAAAACCUGAUCCCUGCGGGGAGGAACUCGCGGUUCUACGACGACCAUGAUGACAUGAAACCAAAUGCUCAGGUUCGACCUCAGGGCGGCCAAUAUGCUCAGGCUCGCCCCCAGAACAACCCCUAUGCCCAGAAUCAACCUCAGAACAACCCCUAUGCCCAGAAUCAACCUAAGAUCAACCCGUAUGCUCAGAGCCAAGGCAACAGCAACCCUUACUACAUGCACGACAAUGGAAGACGGUUCAAUUAAUGGGGAAGUACAAAGAUUUAUCCUAAAGUGACAUUUGCCC